AUGAUUCCUGGAAAAGGUAAACAAGUCGACAAGGACUUUUUGAAGGUUCAAUAUCGUCAACAUCUAUCUCAGCCGGCAACACCGUCAAAGGGCGUAGCCCUCGUUCGGGAUGUGCCAAAACACCGCAAAUCGGCAGAAGAAAUGCGAGAUGAGCAAAGAAAGGAAAUGAAACGACGCGGCAUACCGUGUCUCAGCGAGGAUCCUGAUUUGGCGCCGACGAAAUUCGAGCGCAUAAACGCCCCGAUAAACCCGGCUCGGUGCCACUCCAAGACGUCCACUUUGCCAUGGAAAAAGCUCGGCGAGAAGCGCUCACCUGUUGUGUCAACUAACUCUUCGUCGACUGUUUCAUGCAAUUCGGACACUUCACCCAGUGUCCAACCAGAAAAGCAAGAGGAUUUAAUCAAAAAUCACGAGCACGAACAUCGCAAAAAGCGUCUUCGCGAGGCACUCGAUCCAAAUUUGGUUGCUGCAGAGAAUUCGGAUGAACGCCUUUGCAAGGAUAAAGCAUUUGAAGCUAUCGAUUCGGUUGCUAUCGAAACCGUAGCUGCAUGCCCGGCUGAACAGCUCGCGCGGGAUAAGGAAAAACUGGCAAAAGCCGUUCAAGAAAUUGAGGAUGAUGUGACGCCAAAUGCGGCUUCAACGGCUCUUAUCAUUCUUGAGGAGGCCCACAAGAAAAAAUCUUUCGAAAAACUGAUGACAAAAGAAGAGAACGAGCAGUUGGCCAAAUUCUUUGGAGGAAUGGCUGCGUACAAUGACAAGAUCAUGGGACUUAUUAACAAGACGUUGGAUAAGAUCUUUGACGAUGUUCAAAAGAAAAUCGAGCCUCAAAAACUGCCAGAACCGCACUUCUUCUUGAAUCGAGAAAUGGCAAAGAAGGCGUUCUUUGAUGCUAUUUUCGCUCACCCUGAAUAUCUACCGGACUCGUGGAAAACCAAUUUUCAACGCUGGCGUGAAGAUGCAAUGAGGGAACACUAUGGGAUCAAUGUCUGGAAGGUGCUGUUCACUUAUCCACGACAGCGACGUUUUGGUGAUUCGGAAGUAAAUGCAGAUGGCUCUUUUACACCAAAACCGCGUGGAUUACUGAUGGGAAUCCUUUUGAGUCCGCGUGAUCAGCGAUCUUUCGAAGAAACUGCUCACCGAGCAAAAGAAAGCACCGAGCACUCCACUAUUAACCCCCAAAUAAUUCAAACAAUGGUAUCCCAAGGACGGAGACUUGUCAAAUCACAUGCCGCAAGCUUUGCGUACUCGAAGAACACAAUGCUGUCCUCCCGAAACGGCAAGCUGAUUUCGAUCGCCAAACUACAACAGAAAGCUGUCGAUGAAAUAUAUGCGCCCACGAACAAACGAGGAAAUUCGUCGAAAUCGUCGAAAAAGCAAGGAAAUAAGUGGCCACUUCCUACGUGGAUGAUCGUACUUUUCGUCUUUGUGGUGUGUGGAUCAGCGAUUUUCGAGGUGGUUCGCAACGUAAAGAUCAUGCUGCAUAAU